GCGCGGCCGAUUCCGCUCCUCAGAGUCGGCCUCUGCGGCUUGAAUGGCGACGCGUCUUGUUUUCGUGGCGGCGUGCUUGGGGGCCGCGGCAGCCGCCGAAGCUGCUACCAACGGGACGGCAACGGUCGCGACUGCUACGGCUCCGGCGGGGCACGGAAGCCACAGCCAGGGGGUCGCACCGGGGCCUGCCGGCGCCGCCACAACCGCCCCGCCCGGCUCCUCCUCGUCGUCUUCGGGUCUGUUCGGGCUGGGGCUGCCGGCCCUCCGGCGCGCCCUCUUUGUCUUCAUAGCCCUCGCCGCCCUGGCCGUCCUGUAUUACCUCGGCGGUCGAGUGUUCCGCACAAGGAAGCCUGCACGGAAAAAAUACGGUCUUCUCUCUAACUCUGAAGAUAACAUGGAGAUGGGUUCUCUGGAAAGUGAUGAAGAUACACUAUUUGAAACAAGGAAUCUGAGGCGAUGAUGACGGGACCCAGCGGCUCGACGGCCGAGACGCGCCCAGAGAGAGAGCCGACCUACCGUCCAAAGCUCCGCCUUUCUCGAUUUCCUGAUUUUUCGUAUGAACUUUUUCAAGCUGCUCAUGAUGCUGCUUAGUGGUACAACCCCCCCCUUUUUUUCUUCCGAGACGAUCCAAGAGGAGUGCUGGCACCCCCUCUUGAUGGACAUGAUGAAUGUGGCCAAUGGGAACGUAAACUGCGAAAAAAUGGGGGGAGGGAGGGGGAUCUGGCGAGGAGGGACAGGCCUUCAUAUCCUCCAGAGAACGACAAGGCGAGGAGUGACGUGAAGAGGCCGUCAUCUCUGGAUGCCAGCCUGGGGGCAGGGAUCCCCAUAGGCUCAUUCGUGUGGUCACCAACAGGUACCAUCCAUUUUAGCUUUAGAACCAGCUGUGGUAUUUGCAGCUGGCACCCGCUCUACAGGCCGGAGAGCUCAGGCACGCCGUGACCAAAGGGAAGCCAGCUUCCCUGCAGCCCAGCAGCUGUUUUGAGUUUGGGAAGUUUUACAGAGAAUAAAGAGAGAGAGCCUGGGCCAUACCCGGAACCCAGUGUUGGUUUGCUCUUUCGGGUCUGUGCACGGUACCCGGAACGGCCUUGGUAAUAGUUUCAAGUCGUGUACUUGAAGGGGGCGGUGGGGGCGGAGGAUGGGGGGGGAAGUGAGGCUGCCCCCAAAAUUGCCGCUGGGUGCUUUGGGGGUUUGCAACUUUGGGCUGGUUGAGUAAGGUAGCAGGGAACUGGCAGGUCGUGCCCAAGAUCUUGGUGUCGGCUGGCGCCAAAGCUGAUAACAAGGCCACAACGGGUGCCUAGCGAGUGAAGAAAUCUGGUGACAAAUAGCCAAAGCUAAUGGUGAUGUGCCUCUCUAGUAAAAUAAGAGGGUGAUGUGAUAUGCUUCCACCUUCAUUCUGCAGCAGAAUGCCGUGUGUGACAUUCCAGAUGUGCCGGUCCAAGCUAGCCAGUCAAAAUUAGCUUCCUUGCCACAGAUGUGUAGCUGGGCUCUUCUCUCUCCUCCUGCCUCCAUGAAGGAUUACAAGUUCAGCUACACUGUGACCAAGUGGAGCGAUACAACUUAACAUGUAUUAGUCUGAGCUCUAAUCCCUUUCUUGGCAAUAAUUGCAACCUUUCCUGUUUUGUGUCCUCGUGUGUAAUGAACCGCCUUUUAAAAAUACAUUCUGAUUAUACAAGAGACACACUUCGGAAUGGGACAACCCCUGGUGAAGUAAGGGUUUGGGGUUCUGUGUGUGUGUGUGUGUGUGUGUGUGUGUGUGUGUAAUUAGCAGAAGUCCUGCUUUGGUCCUGCAAGGGAGGGAAGCGUUGGAUCCUCCCUUUUAAAAAUCCUUCAUUUGUCUUUGGGACUCAAGAGACAAGCGCCGUUUAAAGGACCAGAACUCUCAUACAAGCUUGUCUCCGAUGCUCUCUGGGACCACUUGGGUGGAGGUGGAGGAAAUGCCGCCUGCUUUUGAAAUUUAUUCUGAGAUUUAGUCUUUUUUUUAAAAGCGUUUUUAAAAAAACGACCCUACAUUACUAAUCUGUUCUUAAACUAUGAUUCCUGCACAUGUUUUGUUUUGUACAUUUCAUAUUCUCAAGAAUAAAAAUCCAGCAAAUGUUUAG